UCUAGAGGUAACUGAUAGUUUGUCACAUUCGUUGUGAACAAGGAAUAAAAACAGAAUCUGCUGAAACAAAAUCAUUAAAUCAGUGCUUGAUUGUGUGUGCCUGUCAGCUCGCCUCAGCCUGCACUGCAGCACAUCACUGAGAACCAGCUGCUGUGAUACUGAGCGGGCGACACAAGUAACAGUGGAAAGUGGAGGAGGUUGAAAUUCCUCCUCAUGCUUAAAAGGAGCCAAAUUACUGCCGAGUUCCUUGCCCUCAUUCAGGUAAAUAAAGCUCAAAACCAUCUUCCUGUCUCCCUGGAAUAUUAUUCAGAGAGAAGAUGUAAUCAAAGCACGAGAGUGGCCAACAUGGCAGUGGCUGGCUAUGAUCAUGUUGUUGGGGCGAUCUUUCUUCUACAACUUGAGGCCUAUGUUUGCUCAGAAAUCGCUGAGCCUUUUCCUCUAAUCAAUGGACGGCCGCGGCCUGUAGUCACUCUGGAGGAGAAUGCCCCCAGGGAGUUCACCUGCAGGAUGGAGGGCUGGAAGUCGGUGCCCGUUGUCACCUGGUACCUGAAUGGCAAGAAGCAAGAGAGCAACCAGACCAUGCUCAUUCCCAGCUCCAACGAGAGCAGGAACCAGAGCUACAGCACCUUUGUGAUAACCACCCGCAGGAAGGACAAGGAACUCAACUGCUCGGUCACCGACCCUGUCAGCGGGAAGACGCAGAAUGCCAGUGUCAUCCUCAAUGUGCAGUUUAAACCAGAAGUUGUUCGGAUGGAUGCUGAAUACAAGGAACACAAUGACUCGGGGCUUUUCCUGGUCCUGUUUGUCCUCGUCCGUGCAAACCCUCCUGCCACGAUCACCUGGGUCGAUGAAAGUGGCGGAGUUAUUGUGAACACCUCUAAUUUCAUGAUCUUGGACACCAAGAGUUAUCCAUGGUUGACCAACCACACCGUUCACGUGCAGCUGACUAGCCUGGCAAAGAACUACUCCUUCAGUGCUGGCAAUGAAUUUGGAGUGACCAACUCUUCUAUUGCUUUACCAGGAUUUCUCCAUUCCCGCAUUGAGGUUCCUGUGCUGGUGAUCCUCCUCGGGGGAAUCCUUGGGCUUCUCGCCAUCCUGCUCCUGAACGUUAUUGUACUGUGUGCUAUAUACCGGAGAAGGGAAAGUGCAGAUCUAAAACCCAGCAGAGACUCAGCUGUUCUCAGCGAAUCUACCAGUGUUAAAUGCGAUGAAGUACAGAUUCCGAGGGAGAACGUCUCCCUCCAAGCAAACCUGAACCAGUAUCAGAAUGUUAAUGAUCUGAACCAAUCCCCAGCAGAGGCUGAUGAAGCAUCAAAGCAUCUGUCUGAAAACAAGGUGGCGUGCGGUGAUUUGUCCGAUCAGGAAAAUGCAGCCAUGGACCCUAAAGGAUUCCUUCAUUUCCCGAUGUCUGGAUAUAUCUACAAAGUCUCCAGUAUGAGCAGUGAUGAGAUCUGGCUUUAAGCCCAGUUUUAAUUUGAUUGCGUUUUGAUGGAUAUGAAUAUGGGGGAUCCAAAUUACCGGCCCCAGCCAACCAGUACUCAAGAACUCGGACAGGUUACAAUGCCCAAUUUUAAACCACAAACUCCACCCCCCCCCAAAUUCCUCAUGGUGCCUUUGAAUGACUGGAACAGUAAAAAGGUGGUUUAUUAAAGCACAAGAACUCCCGGGCACAAUUGAGCCAAUCCAGUUAUUCACUGAAGCAGCAGUAGGCAAUUUGGGGUAGACUUUUCUUCUACCUGUUUUGAACAAGCAUUUGGAGUUGCAUAAUUAUGCCAUUCCAAUGGCCUGUGAUCCUGAGAUAUCUCCUAGGGAGUGCUUCUCAAUUAAUCUCAUUCACUCCUAUUUUCUCUCAAAGUCUCGCUAAUGUCUCUUGAACGCACCCAGCUGCCUUUUUUAAAGUUACUAUUGAAUCUGUCUCCACACCUCCUUUCAGGAAGUAUCUCGUUGUUCACAGCUGACUGCAAAGUCAAUUCCAUCUCUGCCAGUCGUCAAUCAUCCUACAUCGACAUGCAUUGGUCACUGGUCCCUGUGUGAGUGGAUGUAAUUUCCUCUUAUCAGCUGCACCAUCCACCAUCCCUGCUACCAUUUGAGUAAAUCCCUUCUGUGUGUUUCCAAGGUCUAGACUCUAGACCAAUAUUGCUUUCAUUUGCAGCCAUUUUCAAGUUUAUGUUUGAAUGCACUGGUACUCUACAUGAAUUGGAAAUGGUACAAGUUGAGUUAAUUGUCAUAUGCACAAUUACGUUGAGGUACAGGUACAAUGAAAAAUUGCCUUAGAGCAGCGUCACAGGCACGCAGGUGCAGAAAGCAUACAUAAUAUAAAUUAUAGAUAAAUUAUACCAUACAGUGAAAAGAAAAGUACAUAGUGAACAUGCAAUCACUUAAUGCAACAAAAAAAAAUCAAGGACAGGUCUGCGGUAGUGUGAAGAAAAAGCAUGGUGACUCGUGGUACUUGGUCACCUAGCUCUUUUUUCAAAGCCACAAUCAAGGACAGGUCUGUGAUAGUGCAAAGAAGUGGUCUAUAGUGUUCCAUUGCUGAGGUGGGUUGGAGCAGAAUUAGGCCAUUCAGCCCAUCCAGUCUGCUCCACCAGUUGAUCGUGGCUGAUUAAUUUCCCCUCUCAACCCCAUUCUCUUACCUUCUCCCCGUAACCUUUGAUGCCCUGACUAAUCAAGAACCGAUCAACCUCUGCUUUAAAUAUACCCAGUGACUUGGCCUCUACAGCUACCUGUGGCAAUGAAUUCCACAGAUUCACUACCCUCUGGCUAAAGAAAUUCCUCCUCAUCUCUGUUCUAAAGGGAUGCCCCUCUAUUCUAAGUCUGUGUUCUUUUGUCCAAAAUUCUCCCACCAUUGGAAACAUCAGGGGUAGGGCUUAAUAAUGAGAGGUGAUUAUGCAGUGAUGUUUGGGUUUCUUUCAGAUCUCUGUGUGGCAAAGUGCAGUGUCCACACAGGAGCUGAUUGUACUGCAAGGGCCACCUUCAAACUGCUCAGAGUUCAGACGUUAGACUGCUUCUAAAUACAAGGGCAUUCUCAGCAACUCAUUCAUAUCCCCAGUACAGGAUCUAGUUUAUGCUCUAAGGCUGUAUGUGAGAUAAAUGUCUCCCCUCUCAUUAAAUGUGCAAAGGAAAUCAAAAGUGACAUGCUGUUAAGUUCUACAACAUUUAUUUCCCAUCUGGUUGUUUCAUUGUGGAUCCUCCCCUGAUCUCACUCAUUACAACUACUCAAGGAAAAAGAGAUCACCUACCUCCCUGAAAAAGAGAUCAUUUUCAGUCAUGUGAUUUCUAUAUUUAGGUCCUUUGGAUGGAUAUCAAUUUGAAUCUUGUUUGAAGGUACUCUUUAAAGCUGAAUCAUGGUCCAAUACCCCAAGAAUUCAGAACCUUGAAAAUUCCAUGUCUUCAUUGCUUUCUUUAAUCACCCUCGAUAACAAUAAUUUGCAUUUGUAUGAUGACUUUAAUGAAGUAAAUUACCUCAAGUUCACAAAUUGUUUAAAUGAAAAGUUGGUCAAAGAGGUAGGUUUUACGAAGCAUCUCUGAAUUGGCUCUGUGGCUAGGGCACAAAGAUUUGAGGCGAAUAGUACCCUGCUUCACUCACUGUCUCCUGCUCAGGACCUUCCUUGCCCCAACUCCACCUCUUCCCCCCAAUACUUAGUGCAAAUCAUGAACAUCUUGUGCAGAAAUACGUUUGCUUGCUGUGUAGAGUAGUAGACAGGACAGCAAUAUACAACACUCUAGGCCAGGGGUGGCAAACCGAUGCCAUGCAUGCCCAAGGUGACACAUGCAAAGUUUAUUGGCAUUCGGCAUGCCGUGCGACCUCUCGAUUCUUUAAACCCCAACCAUAAUAAAAAGGUAUAUAAUGAUUAUCUCUUCUGCAAAAUGAAACAGAGAAUUUUUUUCUUACAACCCAGAGCAAUGAGAUGUUUUGAUAGGAAACAUCUCGUGCCAGCUUGGAGCUGGUUGCGAGAGCAUGUGAUGCUGGAUAACGUAUUUUGAAAUCUUUGCAGACCUGGUGUACACGUCAGUAUUUGGAUAGUAUAUAGUUACAAUAACUACUAUAUAGAAAUGAUGUUAUUUUUCAAUAGUCUUUUUAAAAGAUUAAUAUUAAUAAUUUUAAUAGGUUUUCUAAAAUGCUUUAUUUAUUUAAAACUGUUUUUGUUAUUAUUUUUGUUAAUAGCAAGACAAUUAAUGCACAUAAAUAAGCAACCUUUUCCUUGAAAAAAGUCCAUAAUUAUUGUUACUAAUUAACUAAUCUAUAAUGACCUCUACUCAAAAUUAUCAUAGCAGGUGAAAGAAUUUUUCCAUAAUUAUUGUUACAUUAAUUAAUCUAUGAUAAUAACCUCUACUCAAAAUUAUCAUGGCAGGUGAAAGAAUUUUUUUAGAAGAUUAUCACCUCUUUUGGCACAUGCUCUCAAAAAGGUUCGCUACCACUGCUCUAGGCUCUCUCCUUUCUAUCCUGAGUGAGAGAUAAGAUCUUUCUAAAUCAGCCUUUCACCAUUCACUGUUUUUCUUUACAUUCUGUCAUUGAGAAGAAUGUUUUCAGUAGAGGGAAGGGAACAUUUACAUUUUUCUUUUAUAUGUUCAUUCUAAAACUGAAGGUGUUUAUUGUCUAUCCUUAAUUGCUCCAAGAAAGUGAUAGGCCAGCUUCUUAGUUCAAAACACUCCAUGUUUAAAGCAAUGAGACAUGCUAAACCAGGUAAGCAGUGGGAGACCUAGCACUUAUUAAGCACCUCUCAUAACAUCAAGAUCUCCAAGGUGUUUGGUUGCAUUUUGUUGAAAGGUGGGCAUUUUUGUUGACACCUCCAUGACUUUUGGAGUUGCCAUGGAACUCAUCAUCUUUCUUCUCCUUCAAGAGCUAUCUGAAGUUUUGAGGAAUGAUGAGUGCUCUAUUUGAAGGGAAUUCAGGGUCCAUUGGCUGAGGACAUCUUGUUUAUAGGCCUGUGGAAGAUGGGAAACCUCACAUUUGGAAGAUCCUGGGAAACAGAAGACUUGAUUUGGAAGCUAAGAUGAUGGUGUAGAGGAGAUGCAAGACUGUGCAACUGGCUAAACCAGGGAGGUUGUGAUGGUGAUACUGAAGAUGAGAAAGGCAGAUGACUUAUUCAGUCUUGGAAUUGUUUGAUGGAUGUGUUCCAGAAGAAAUCAACAAUUUGCCCCUCAGGAUAUUGGUUACAUGCCAGCAAUACACAGCCCAAGUGAAAUCAUGGAGAGCGCUCGGACUUGUCUCCACCAUCUGAGAUGGAGCACAGAGAAGCAGACUCAGAAGAAGACAGAGAAACAGGAAAAAGAAUUGAGGGACAAGAAAGGAAAAUUGGAAGUCUGAGGUGGAAGGCUUUUGGGUAACAGAACAGUUGAGAGUGGGGAUAUUUAGGGGAGCAGUAAGAGAGCUUAGGGGACUGGAAAGGUCUUGUUUUGGGUAUGGGUCGGGUAGAUAGAAAGGGGAAAAUUGUAUUCCCUAGAAUUUGUCCUCCAUAACCAUUUUUGCACUUUGUUCUACAGCUGGUAACGGAUUUGCCAGAUUUACAAUGAAUUUGCUGGGAAUGUAUGCUGCUGAACUGCAUGCAAUAUUACAACAGGUCUGAUAAUGACAAUGCUAUUGAUUGAUAGAUCUGCUUAAAGAGCUGCUAAUUACUGUAUUCAUAUUGUUUAACAAUGCAAUACUAUAUCUCUUUGUUUUAUAUAUAUAUAUCUAUAUAUAUAUUGAAAUAAAAAUGUCAUUAAUCUGGUAAUAUUUCUUCAGUUACAAUGAGAUGAGUUGAUGCUGAGUUCAGAGUAAGUUAUUUGUAUGUUUCAAAUCCCUCCCAUUUUUAAUGGUUCAGCAUUAUGGGGAUGGGCAAGGGCUGUAACGUUGACAUCCUCCAUGUGAUGGGGACUGAAUCAAAUGCUACAUCACUUAAAUCUGACCUGACGUAUAUUUCUUACAAUGUAUGCCAGCAGCAUAUGAAGUUCUAAUGUUGUCAACUUCAAUGUUGACAAAAGCUUCAAUCUGUACAAUAGGUAUGUUGUCAAGUCAAAACUGGACACCAAGACAUCUAACAAGGUACUAGGGUAGAUAAACAAAAGUUUAUUCAUAGAAGUAGGCUUUUAGAGACAUUUUAAAUGAGGAAAUUGGGGGCGGCAUGGUAGUGUAGCAGUUAGCGCGUCGCUUUACAGUGAUUACGGGUUGGGUUUAAUCCCUGCUGUUGUCUUCACACUGUAAAGAGUUUGUCCAUUCUCCCCAUGACUGCGUGGGUUUCCUCUGGGUGCUCUGGUUUUCUCCCACAUUCCAACGAUGUAUAGUUAGGGUUAAUGAGUUGUGGACAUGCUAUGUUGGUUUUAGAAGCAGACUACCCAGUACAAUCCUCGCUGAUUUGCAUUUCACUGUGUGUUUCAAUGCACAUGUCACAAGGGAAGCUAAUCUUUCUCUUUGAAGGAGGGUAGAAAGGUUUAGGAAAUCAGUUCCAGUGAUUUGUAUCCUGAGAACUCAAGGAAUGGUUGUUAAGGAGUGGUGAAAUACGAUGAUGUACCACAACUGGAGGAGGAUGGAAAAGGCUGGUCUGAAGAGGACUUUGAAAAUUAAAAAGAAUUUUGUAAAAUGGACACUUGUUUUACUAAGACUUGAUGUAUAACUGAGAACAGGGCUAAUGGUGAAUAGCAGUACUGUUUAGAGAUAGCAGAGAGUUUACCAGAGCUAGAACAAACAAAUGUAAUCGGUAAUAAAGCAAUAUCAGAAACACUCGGGACAAUUGGAAAUCAGUUCUCUUUAACCAAUCAGUUGAAAGCAAACCACGGGUUCUGGUGUAAGUUUGACCUCUUGUAUUAUUUUGACUUUGAAGCCCAUGUUCUCACAACAGCCCUACCCUUUGAACUGAAAUCCAACGUGCGGUUCUUCGAUGAUGAACCUUGUUGUACCAAAUAGCACCAUUAGAUGACACUCUCGGCCCAAACCAACUCCAGUUGCGGAGCUUGUUUCGUAGAAUAUAUUACCCGAAAAACUGGACCAAUUUAUGCUUGUUUUGAGUUUGCAAAGCUGUUUUGCACAGGCUAGAUUGUGUCAGUGAUAAUUUCUGGGUCGCUUAGUGUCCAUUUGGGAUAGUGGGCAUUUCUAUGCGCAAUUGAUGUCAGCCACGUUGCUAUUAAAAUGCUACAGGUUCACGUCACGCGGUCCGUCGGUAGCAGCGGAAACAGGAUAUUUGAAAUAAAUUCACGGCCUUCAUAACUUUUCAAUAGUAAAAUUAAAAGCAGAUCGCUCAGGAUUUGGAAAUGAGACAUUCAUGGCAAUCCAGCGCGCCGGUCGCAGCGAUCACUGACCCAUUGAGCAGCCACCGCCUGUGUCUCGCCAGGUCACCGUGUGGUGGACGGACACACAAUAAUCACUUUGUUUCCUUCACUUACUCGGCUCCUGUGUGUCUGUGGCGACAACGGGGAAAGGGCUUUGAGCUUUGACCCUGCAGUAAUCAUGGCGCUAACUCGGCUGGUCCAGCUAUUAAUGGCCGCGAUGUGCCUUCAAGCACGAAUCCUUAUAGUAAGCACAGGAGCGAUGCUUUUCAUUAAUUUUGCUAAUAUUUCAUAUUAUUGGAGUGGGCUUGAUUUCUAAUCACACUGCAUAAAUCGAUGUAUAAUUUGUGUCUCGUGUGCUGCCUGUGAUGCUGCUUUUCCUUUGUACCUAUACCUCACUGUACAUGACAAUAAAUUCGACUUGACUGUCGUUUAUUU